GUUUUGAUGCCAAUAAAGAAUCCAAUUCAGCUAACAAAAAAAGUCUAAUCCAAUCCUGUCUUGAGAAUAUGGACCCCACAAAGCCUAAUCUAAAUCCAACGCCAGUUAUUCCAAACACGUGUACGUUUGACACGUGGAAAGAUCUGGUCUCUCCAUCAGUCUCUUCCAACUUCGCCCCCAAAAAAAGAAAGAAAGCCUCUUCUUCAGUCACUGAAAGAAAAAGAUGAUCUUUAGAGCCAUGGGAAAGUAACCCCUAAUUUUCCCUUCUCUUUCGCCGAAAUUCUAAUUAAUUUUCUGAUAAAAAUUAGGGCAAAAUUAGAGAUUUUAGGGUUUGGAUUGGAAUACAGGUGGGAUUAUUGUGUGUGCAUGACGAGCGCUUCGGAGUUAUUCUACACCAGGAGGUCUCGUUUCGGCCGAACCAGUCUGGAUCUCGGCCUAGAUUCUUCUCCCCCUCCCGAUCGAAGUUUUCACCAUAGUGUCAACCAGAAUCGCCGCCAUCAUCAUAAUAACCAUCAUGGUAGUAAUCAUCGACAUGAUAUUGACGGCUGCGAUCCCCUUCGGCGAUACCCUCACUCCCGCCAUAUCUCCCACCGGGUUUCUAACCAGGACCGUAUGACAUUUAAUCUCGAGGAGAGUACAGGACAAUCUGUUUCCAGCAGUAAUAGAAUUGAUACCGAAAAUUUUAUCAGUCCGAGCAGCAGGCAAUCUGUUACUGCAAACGAAAGACUCCCUGGAGCUGUGCUUCUUGCAAGGGCAAGGCUUCGUGAGAGGUUGAGAGGGGUUACACUCUCUGGAAGCAGGCCACGUGGUAGAAGUACCUCUAACAGUGACCGUAUUCACAUAAGACCUGGUGACGAUUUAAGGCCAUUCAAUGUAAGAGAUUGGGAUGCUGAAAACUCUACAAGUUUAUCAACUGACCGUUCCCCAUCUACUAAUCUGAGCUCCCGAACUGUAAGGCUGCAAAUCUUGCGAGAACAGAACGAGAAGCCACACGGCCUUACGCAAGAGGCUUUGUCUAGUUUGCAACUGGAGCUUUUCAGUGGGAAGGAGACAGAUGCUGAUGCGGCGGCGGUUUCUAGUGCACCACAGGAUUGCAGCAUAUGCCUAGAGAGUUUCAUCCAGGAUGAUCAGCUUAUAUGUUUGCCUUGUGAUCAUAGAUUUCAUGCUGGGUGCUUGGAUCCCUGGGUUCGGAUUCGUGGUGACUGUCCUUACUGUCGAAGGGCUAUCCUUGUAAAGAAAAGAACAGUAAAGUCUUUAUAGUCUUAAGGCGAGGCAGGUUUUUUCUUUGCUAUGAAAAUUGUGUGUCUCGCUUACUGUCAUUGUCUACCUUCUGUUGUCAAAUUUUACUGCUUUGAAUACAAGUCUUUCACUAUCGUUUUCUUUUCCUUUCAAUUCAGAAUUUAAAGAUUUGUUCUA